AUUAACUUGCACGCCAUGCCAGGGCGCAGCUUGUAAAACCACCAAGGACGUAAAAGUGAAAAAUAUAAAAAAAAAAAAAUUGUAAAACACGAAUAAAAAUCCAUCAAACAGGACCAAGCGGAGCGCAAUAGACGAUCCGUGCUGUUCCAUCGGUGUUCGUAUCGCUGUCGGUCGCGCUCCCAUGCAUACGCACUAUCCCUGGGCCAACAUGAAGCCAGAGAUCAUGGCGGCGGUGAGUUUCAUCUCAAAGUUCCUCCGAACCAAAGGCCUCAUGAACGACCUCGACCUGCAGACGUUUAACCAGUCUUUACAGGAGCUCCUGGCCGAUCACUAUAAGCAUCAUUGGUUUCCAGAAAAGCCGUCAAGGGGUUCAGCCUAUCGAUGUAUUCGGAUUAACCACAAGAUGGACCCUUUAAUUGGAGAGGCAGCAGAUCGUAUUGGACUCAACAGCCAGCAAAUGUUUAAGCUUCUGCCAAGUGAACUUACUUUGUGGGUUGACCCAUAUGAAGUAUCGUAUCGCAUAGGAGAGGAUGGCUCUAUUUGUGUAUUGUAUGAAUCUGUUCCAGGAGGUGGUAUUAGUCCAAGCAGCAGUGGCUCUCUAGUUGAGAGUAGGAUCAGCUGUAAAGAUGAACUCCUCUUGGGCCGAACAAGCCCAUCCAAAACGUACAACAUGAUGACUGUAUCUGGUUAAGAUAUGGUUGAUGGCUGGAUCAUCUUGUAGCAGAUGGAAACCAAUUAUUGUUUUUAAUUUGGGAGGGCUCCUAUGGGGAUGGAUUGUGAAGUUUAUACAAUGACGCAGCUGUGAAGAUUGGACACAAAUAGUGGUAGAUCUUUCUGAAGUGAAAGUGCCUUUGUUUAGACAGUGUCUUUGGCAAUUUUAUAGCCUGUUAUUUACGCAAAUAGAUUUAAAAAAAAAAAAAAAAA